AUGGCCUCCAACACGAGCCUGAACGCAGUCUACACCGCCCCUCAAGCCACUAAGACUUUUGAACAUGUGAUAUCAACCACAACCGGCACACUAGCGGCUAAGCAAGCCCACCUAUCAGCGCUGCAGUCGCUCGUACCCAAACUGCAGGACCAGAUCAAUGUCUUCCUUACGGAGCGCAUGGAAGAGGACAAGAAGAUGCAGGGCCAGCUCUCAGCACAGGAAGCUAAGGAGGAGGAGAAUUACGGAGAGGAGGUGGUUGAGGAUGAUGCAUGA